AUGUUAUUAGCGGAUGUGGGCGAAUAUAGAAAAUCAUUAGACUAUUUUAAACGAUUAUUAAACAUACAGCUAAAUGAUCAUAAUCGAGCUAAAGUAUAUUAUAAUUUAGGGCGUGCGUAUCGUUUUCAAGCUGAUUAUGAACAAGCAUUAUAUUAUUUUCAACAGGCAGAAAUUUUACAAAAGCAACAGCAAGAAAUAUCAUGUUUUCAUUAUGCUCGUACAUUAGCCGGUAUUGGUAGUGUUUAUUCAGAAUUACAUGAUACGGAUAAUGAAUUAAAAUACUAUAAUUUAGCAUUAGAAAUUUAUAAAACAAUAUUAUCACAUGAUCAUAUCGAGAUAGCUCGAAGUCUUAAUCGUAUUGGUUAUGUUUAUCACCAACAAAAACAAUAUGAUCAAGCACUAGAAUAUUUUAAAGAAGCAUUAAUUAUAAGCAUUAUUCAAAACCAAGGGGAUAAAGAAAAUGCUUUAGAGUAUUAUAAUCAAGCAUUAAAAAUACGUGAAUCAAUAUUACCAUGUGAUCAUCCACAAAUAGCACAAACAUUUUAUCGUCUCAGUUUAUUCUAUUAUGAACAACAAAACUAUCAGAUAGCUUUACAAUAUUCUACAAAAACAUUAGAUAUUUAUAAACGAAAAUUAUCAAUAAAUCAUUGUGAUUUGAAAAAUGCACAAGACUUGUUUGAUAAAGUUACCAAAGAACUUCUAAAAUAA